AUGUACAAAGCGAAGACCAUUCUACUCUUCUCAAUAAUUAUCGCAAGUAUUUUGUUGGUACACUGCGUUUUUGGCAAUGGAAUGCUUCAUAUGGUUAAAGGAAUGACAUGCAAGGUUAUCAGUUUCGUAAAGAAAACCAUAAAAGAAGAGGCAAGACUCCAAAUAAUUGAGAAUGAGACACCGAUAAACCUACCUGUACUGAUUUCCGAAGUUCUACUUGUAGCACUAACUAUGACAGCGCUUAACAAAUAUAGUGUAAGGAAAAAGAGAGAUCGCAUCGACGAACUCCUCCAAGAAAGCAGACAAGGGUUACAAUAUUCAAACGAAUUACUCGAGAAGUGGCGACUGAGAAGAGUGAAAACCGAACGUUCGUAUUUAGAUGAAGAGCCGCAACCAAUACCGCCUUUGAAACUGGAGGUUCCAAUACUACACAUGGCUAUUAUUGAUACCAGAGGCACCCACAGAAGUCAGCCAGAAAGGGGAGACGCGGGUGAUUCGGUCAACAUUAUCGAUUCAACUCUAUUAUCGGUGACAUCCAUUUUAGACGACGAUUUGGAAUCGAUAUUCAAUGCACGGAGCGAUGUCGGAACGAUUGACGGCGAACGGACUGUUGAUGUCAGAAGUCGAUUUUUGUGGAACGUUCAAGAGGAGGAGGUCGGCGAUUUAGAAAAUCGAUAG